AUGGAGGAGGCAGAAAGCAUCACCCUGCAGCAGGAGGAGGAAAAAGAGAAUAUCAGUGCAGAAGGGGCAAGCGCAAAGACAUAUCGUGGUUUUAAUACAGCUGUCUCCCCACAGCAGGAAGAGAAGAGCAACUAUGAGAUCUAUGAGGAAUCUGGUCCCCUGGCUACAGUUACUAGCCAGAUCCUUGUAGCUGCGGCUGGUCUGAGAGACACAGUGAAAACCAAUGCUCAGGCAGCUGCAGUAAAGUUGACCUCAGUCCUGAAAGAGCAGAGGCACAAUAUUAAGGAAAAGGUGCCAGAGAUCAUGGAUAUUAUUUAUUUCCACCUGCAGGCUAUCCAGGAGGCCAGUGCCAGACAGGCCGCUAUGGGUGCUGUGUGUUUAUUAGCUGAAAAGCACACAAGAGAAGUAGUCUCAGCCCUACUGAGACUCUCACUCCCAUGUGACAGCCAUGUCAGUCAGAUCUGGGAGGCCCUAGGCAAAGCCAAAAAAAGUGUCAGCCUCCGGGUGCUUGCUGAGCUCCUAGAGAUGCUAAAAAGAAGACCAUGCCUCAAGAAGAGUGAAACCUCUGAGUCAAGAAAUAGCUUUGAGGAUAAUGCCUCUCUUUUGCCUCUAGCUGCAUACAGCUGUGCAGUGGAGACUCUGAAAGCUGUGAUUAAAAGAGAAAAAUCCUCUUUGAUGCAAUCUUUGAGUCUGGGAGGAGGCUGGGACCUUUUAUCCAUGCCAGAGACUUACCUGGAAGGAGUUCUUCUUCUGGCUAGAGCCAUUGUAAAACACCACCGGAGCCUAGAUUUUGCUGUGUUUACCAGGGUGUGCCCUCUCCUGCACCAUGGGGAUGACAAGCAGAAGCUGACCGCAAUGGCCUUGUUCACAGAGCUUCUCUCUACUGAGUCCACAUAUCUGACAUUAAAAAAGCAAUAUAUUCUGGGCCACCUGAAGAACUGGCACAUUGAUCCAAGUCCUACUGUCCGUUGGUUUGGUCUUCUUGGACUUGGAAAUGUUGCACUUCACCUGCAGAAGCAGAAAGAAGUCAAAGCCCUGCUUACUGAUAUCCUGGAGUCUUUUAAUGACCCUGAGGAGAAGGUAAUUCUGAUGGCUUUUGAAGCUGCUACCAAAAUUGUCACCCGCCACAAGCACAAGGGCCAUCUUGGCACAGAAUUUGUGAAAACUGCCAGACAGCUUCACCCAUUCCUGGCUGACGAGAGGCACAAAAUAUGCUGUGCUGCAACUGAGCUUUUUGGGGAUCUGCUCAGGGCCCUGAAUAGGAAAGAUAAAUCCCUCAUGCAGGAGCAGGUCCUCAGCAGUAUGGUCCCACUGCUCCUGAAUCUGCAGCAACAGCAUCCUGAUGUGAUCAAGAGCUGUACAGACACCUUACAGGAGUGUAAAGUCUUCUUGGGAUGGACCUUAAAUGACAACCAGGAGUCCUGGGACACUAUCUGUGAGCAUCUUAUCGAGCAAUACCCAGGAAGACUAUUGAUCUUCUUACAUCAGGCCCAAGAGUAUCUCAGAAGCCCAUGGACUUCUUCAGGAAGAGCUGCCGGCAUAUUCAUAGACUUCAUAAUCCAGCAUAUGGAAUACAGCCUAGUGGAAAAAGAAGCCAUAGAUUUAUUGCAGUGUGUUGCCAGUAUCACCACUGAGGAGAUGGAGCGAGUACGCAGGCCUUACCCAGCACCAUAUGCCAUGGCCUGCUGCUUCCUGUGUUCUUGUGGAUUUGCUAUUUGA